AAUUGUUCCAACUGAGACUUGGCGCCAUGUGAGUGAGUGAUCGUAACUCUCAGCCGGAACCACCACUUCCAUGUUGACACCGCCGCCGUCUAUACUGGAUUUUUUCCUAUAACACUAUCUCUCUUUUAUUUUUGAAAUGCCUCUGGUAAUGCAAGAAAAAUAAAACAAAUCCUUUCCACAAAUUAAAAGAUGUGGGUUGUCUUCAUCAGAAGUUCUUGGGAGAAGCUACUACCAUCUCUCCAGCCUUGUCCAUCUCUCUCCCUCUGCAGAUUCCUGUAUUCGACUUUGAAAGGUUGCUUGUUUGCUUCAUGGGUGAUCUUCACUAAUUCAACCAAAGCCAAAGACUGAAUAAAGACUCGAGUUUGAACCAUUGCUACGUUAGGAGGUGAAAGGGUAAACAUGUUCGUGAGCCGGCGAUUCAGACAGUUCCACGGCAGCUGCUUGCAUUGUUCCUUUCAGAACCAAUUCAGUACUGUCACCACAACUCCAAAUCCAAUUCCCUCAAAAAAAGCAUUGACUCAGAAGCACAAUCCCAAGAAUAAGAAGCCAUCUUCCAACAUCUCAGACUCUGACGUCAUACAAUGGAAUGUGGCAAUCAGUUCUCACAUGCGCAGCGGCCAAUUGGAGGCUGCUCUUCGCAUCUUCAAUGCUAUGCCUCGACGCACUGUCGUCUCCUUCAAUGCCAUGAUUUCUGGGUACCUUACAAAUGAGAUGUUUGAUCUUGCACGGGACCUGUUUGAGAAAAUGCCCCAGAGAGACUUGGUGUCAUGGAACGUUAUGCUUAGUGGGUAUGUCAGGAAUAAGAAUCUUGGUGCUGCACGUGAGCUGUUUGAUAGAAUGCCAGAGAGGGAUGUUGUUUCCUGGAAUGCUAUGUUAUCUGGUUAUGCCCAGUAUGGUUAUGUUGACGAAGCAAGGAAGAUUUUUGAGAAGAUGCCGGAAAGGAAUGGGAUUUCGUGGAAUGGUUUGCUUUCAGCAUAUGUGCAAAAUGGGAGAAUAGAGGAGGCUUGUCAGUUGUUUAAUUCCAAAACAGAUUGGGAAGUGGUUUCUUGGAACUGUUUGAUGGGUGGAUAUGUGAGGAAAAAGAGGUUAGCUGAUGCUAGACAGCUUUUUGAUCAAAUGCCUACUAGGGAUGCUGUUUCUUGGAAUAUAAUGAUUACGGGUUAUGCUCAAAAUGGGGACUUGUCUGAAGCUAGUCGUCUAUUCGAGGAGUCCCCUGUUAGAGAUGUAUUUGCGUGGACAGCAAUUGUGUCAGGUUAUGUGCAGCAUGGAACAUUGGAUGAAGCAAGAUCAAUAUUUGAUAAAAUGCCGGUAAAGAAUCCAGUGUCGUGGAAUGCAAUUAUUGCGGGGUAUGUUCAAUGUAAGAGAAUGGAUGUGGCAAGUGAAUUGUUUGAGGCAAUGCCAUGUAGAAAUGUCAGUUCUUGGAAUACAAUGCUCACUGGAUAUGCACAGAGUGGUGAUGUAGCCCAAGCAAGGUCUAUCUUUGAUAGAAUGCCUCAACGUGAUACCAUCUCUUGGGCAGCUAUGAUUGCUGGCUAUGCUCAAAAUGGCCAUGGAGAGGAGGCUUUACAGCUAUUUGUGGGGAUGAAAAGAGAAGGCGAAAGGUUAUCUAGGUCUUCUUAUACCUGCGCUUUGAGCACAUGUGCUGAGAUUGCUGCUCUAGAGUUGGGGAAGCAAAUGCAUGGAGGACUGGUAAAAUCAGGAUUUGAAACUGGUUGCUAUGUAGGGAAUGCACUCCUUGUAAUGUAUUCUAAAUGUGGAAGCAUAGAAGAAGCAUAUGAUGUGUUUAAAGAGUUACAACAAAAAGAUAUUGUCUCAUGGAACACAAUAAUUGCAGGGUAUGCAAGACAUGGAUUUGGCAAAGAGGCUCUUGUGAUUUUUGAGUCAAUGAAGGCAGCAGGAAUCAUUCCAGACGAUGUUACAAUGGUUGGGGUACUGUCAGCUUGUAGUCAUACUGGCUUAGUAGAUAGAGGCACUGAAUAUUUUUACAGAAUGAAUCAGCAAUAUGGAAUAACAGCAAAUUCAAAACACUAUACUUGCAUGAUUGAUCUCUUAGGUCGAGCUGGGCGCUUAGAUGAGGCCCAGAAUCUAAUGAAAACUAUGCCUUUUGAACCAGAUGGUGCAACAUGGGGGGCUCUCCUUGGUGCUAGCAGGAUUCAUGGCAAUACUGAAUUAGGUGAAAAAGCUGCUAAGAAGAUUUUUGAGCUGGAGCCCGAAAAUGCGGGCAUGUAUGUUCUUAUUUCAAAUUUAUAUGCAGCUUCAGGUAGAUGGAGUGAUGUUCGCAAUAUGAGGUUGAAAAUGAGGGAUAAAGGAGUGAAGAAAGUACCAGGAUAUAGUUGGGUGGAAGCGCAGAAUAAGGUUCAUACAUUUUCAGUUGGGGACUCUGUACACCCGGAUAAGGAUAAGAUCUAUGCCUUCUUAGAAGAGUUGGAUUUUAAAAUGAAACAGGAAGGGUACAUUUCUUCCACAAAGUUAGUUUUACAUGAUGUUGAAGAAGAGGAGAAAGAGCAUAUGCUCAAAUAUCAUAGUGAAAAAUUAGCUGUGGCAUUCGCAAUUUUGUCAACACCAUCUGGGAGAACAAUCCGUGUGAUGAAGAAUUUGAGAGUGUGUGAAGAUUGUCACAGUGCCUUCAAACUCAUAUCCAAAAUUGUUGGAAGAUUAAUAAUCUUAAGAGAUUCCUAUCGCUUCCACCACUUUAGUGGAGGUUCAUGUUCUUGCGGAGAUUACUGGUAGACUAAUGAGAUAUAUUGCGGAGAAACUAAGACUCAGCUGGAGUUUGUACUGGAUGAAAGUUCCUUUCACAUAUGACACAAGAAUGAAAGUCCUGCUCAUUUGAGAAAGGGAGUGGCUGGAUCUUGUCUUAACAAAAAAGAAGCCAAAAAGAGGACAGUUGAUGUUAUUUUUGGAAACAGUCACAGCACUAUAAUACAAGAUUGUGUCGCAAAGCCAAGAAGUCUUGGUGCAGUCAAAGACGCUUCCUCAGUGUUUUGAUAGAGAGAAAUGAAUUACACCUUAGCAGCACUAAAGGUUUUUUUGUGAGCAACUAAAGAAGGCGCGUGAGAUAUCAUCGCAGACGCAGGAAACCAUGAGUCUAGGUGGCAUUCUCUUCCAACGUGCCUUGUUACAGGGCGUUCUCGUUUCUGUCUCUAACAAUGGCGAUCAUUUACUCCUCGAUGAUGGCACCGGCCUUGUCCAACUCUCUCCCUCUGCAGACUCUCGUGUUCGACCUUGAAGAAUUGGAAUGUAUGUGGCGGUGGUGGUUGGUGGCUACGUUGUAUGUGUGGAUGACAAUCCAAUGAUCAAGGUUCAGUGCUAUUACCUCAGCUUCCUUUUAAGAUUUUAUUGAGCAAAAUAUAUUUUUGAUUCUCUUUUUUUCUCCUUCAAAUUAUGCAAAUUGCUUAAGAGAAACCCAAAUCUUUGAAUCACUUUUUCAUUGAAGGCUCUUCAGUUACAUAGUUUAGUUUGGUUAAGCACACUCUCGAAAUAGCUUUGAUUUCCAAUAGUUAUCUAUUUCUAUAUUAUUUCCCAUAUUAUUUCUGUUUCUUGAAUUAAUCUUGUUUUCAAAAUAAUCGAUGCUGUUUCUUGUUUCCUAAUAAUACUGUCGUUUUGUGUUUU